AUGGGCGCAAUCUGCGUUGCCAUGGUGCGCGUCAGCUGCUAUCAAGGUAGUCAUAGGGCCGUUUUGAUGAGAAAACACCGAGUACGAGGUACCGGUACUUUGUCUAGAGCAGAUAGUGCGGGCGGAUUGCAUGUGCUCGGUCACGAAACAAGCGCUGAGGAAGCAACUGGUGCUUGCUUGGCACAGCCUUGGGAGAUAUCCAUGUCUUGCGCUUGUACUUGUACUUCCAAGAGAUGCAUGGGUGUGAAAACACAGACACUCUGGCUACCACCUAGCCUGAUAGACGCGGGCUAUUGGUGGAGACGUUUGCGCUGGCGCGUUGCCGUGGCGACGGCAUCCCAUCCCAUACUUGAGCUCCUGGGAACCAUUACUGCAGCUCAGCUGGCCCUUGAACUUGGAUCUGGAAUCCAUUCAUUCUUCACCAACUUCACCGUUUGUCACUGGAGCAAUUUUGCCUUUGGUAUCCGUACGCACAUGUUUGAUGAAAUGCGACAGCAAGCCGAGCCGAGCCUCUCAGCUGCUACAGGCACAACCUGCCCAAGCGCCUUUCCAAGCGACAAGCCCUUGAACGCUAUACCCAUGCAGACAUCGCACUAUAUGAACAUGAACAAUAUGAAGUAUGAAUCAGCUAAGUUACCAGGGCGCAUUGACAAUGUUUCUGCUGAUAAUUGGAUGCCUCACCCAAUGACAAAGCUAGAAGGAUCACAGAUGAUGCCCGUAGCUGGCAGCGGUUAUACUGCUCAGCCGCCGCAGCCUCGGCUCAAUCACAGCUACGGCGCGCAGAAUUCUCCUGCCGAUCGCCCUAAUCGCCAUCGUCGCACCGAGUCAGCGGCCAGCAUCGCGAGCGCGGCCAGCAUCGCCGAUAUCAAUAUCGAUGAGACGCGAACCGAGACAGGGGUCACUGUCGAAGAGAUUGCCCAGUUCAUCCAGGGACCCGAGACGACGGACGGCAAGUGGACUUGUCUGUUCGAGGACUGCGGGAAACAGUUUGGCCGCAAAGAGAACAUCAAGUCCCACGUCCAGACACAUCUCAACGACCGCCAGUACCAGUGCCCGGCCUGCAUGAAGUGCUUUGUUCGGCAGCACGAUCUCAAGAGACACGCCAAGAUUCACACCGGAAUCAAGCCGUACCCUUGCGACUGCGGCAACAAGUUUGCGCGACAUGAUGCUCUCACGAGACACCGUCAGCGAGGCAUGUGCGUCGGCGCCUUUGAUGGCAUUGUGAGGAAGAGCGUGAAGCGAGGACGACCUAAGAAGAACCGUCCGGAAUUGGACGCGCGACUUGAGAAAUCCGCAAAGACCAGGAAGAAAAACAUGUCCAUCAGCUCCAUCUCUUCGUUUUCGGGCUAUUCGGACAUCUCCAACGUUGGCUCUCCCGGAUAUGAACUCGAUGUGCUGGAUGAGGUGCUGGAUAUUGAAAUCGAACGUGAAGCUGAACCACCGCGCUCGGUCUCGUCGGCCCCGAUGCCCAGCCUACCCAAUCCACCAGUCAACAGCACCGUCGUCGCAUCUCCUUCAACUUCAGAAGCCAGUGUGCACUCAUAUGUAUCCCCGGAAGCAAUCAUGGAGAGGGCUUCACAUCCUUCUUCUCCCGGAAAGAGCACACCAGGCCACUACAACACGCCGCCCGGUCUCUCUCAGUCAUCGUCAUCGCCGCCCUCUCAUUUUUUCGAGCUGGAUCCCGCCACAUCAACAACAGCGGAUGAAGUCGUCAGCUUCCCUGCCGGCGGUAUGAUGAUGGGCUUGACAACCAUGGGCGCACCUUUGCCCCUGAGCAUCAGCGAACAGGAAGACGAUCUACUUCGCCAGUUCACAAACGACGACAGCUUCAUCCCGCUGGAUCGUGACCAGAGUCUGAUGAUGAUGCCCAAAUUCGACGAGUUCAACGGUGUAGCCGUCAGCAUGCUCAACGACAACGGCUACUACUUUUGA